UUAUAUCAUGGUGAUACAGAAAAAAAGUUAUUGUAACACCAAAGCAACGCAAGUAGGACCAUAUCAUGGUGUCUCAACCUUUGGGAAAAGAAAGUGUCUAUUAUGUCCUUGUAGCUUUAUCCUAUUCAAAGAGAAAUUUUAUAUAUAGAGCUUCACUUAUAAGAAUAUUUCUCGCUAUGUUAUUGUAUGAAUCAUAGUUCCAGGUUAUUAUUAUAUCACCCCCAAGAAAUAUGAUUUGUCCAAUUCUCAAACUUUUGAUAGCUCUGCUCCUUUUGAACCUAUGUUUUCAAGCAUCUGGACAAUAUAUGGAGUGGUGCAUAGCUGAUGAGCAGACCCCAGAUGAAGAUCUUGAGAGGGCCAUGGAGUGGGCUUGUGGAAAUGGAGCAGAUUGCAGCAAGAUACAAUUGAACUAUCCCUGUUAUCUACCAAACACUCUGAAGGACCAUGCCUCUUAUUCCUUCAAUAGUUACUAUCAGAGGUUCAAGAACAAAGGAGGCUCUUGCUAUUUCAAUUCUGCUGCAAUCACUACUGACCUUGACCCAAGUCAUGGCUCGUGCAAAUUUGAGUUUAUCCCAUGAGUGGAACUUGAAACAACAUAUUCUCUUAUUUUGAGGUUAAGCUUUGGAAGGAGUAACCAAGUCAGUGCUGCUUUUGUCUCUGUCUGCGCCUCUCAAAUUCAUGUUGCUCCCUCUGUUGCACAACAACAAAUACUUUCAAACCGUAUGUGAAGGAAGAAGAUCAAUGCUAUUUGUAAUUAUAUAUAUCAGUGAAAAAUUAUAAGUUUUUUUAUUCAAAUAAAUAAAUAAAUAAAAUUCAAUAAUUCCAGACAUA